UGUAACAGAGCAUUUUGUUAAAAAUUAACCUAAAACGGAGCGUCAAGAAGAGAACGUUGUACUAAAGAUUUACGUCUGAUUUGACCAGGAGUAGGGUUAUGAAUCAUUUUGUUACAGCACUGUUCUAUUUACGGGGACAUAAUAAUUCCUUGAAGCUCAUUCCAGUUCUCGAGUUAAAGGAGGUAGGAGUAUAAUAUUUUUUUCGCCGACUGUCUUUGAUCUAUUAAUCGAAAUUGUAGCAGGAUUGACAAGUAAAAUCUUUCGUGUAAAGUGAUAUAUUUUGUUAAAAAAAGUAGCGUUUAUUAUGUGAAAACAAAGGCAAUCAUCUCAUUGUUAGUUCAUACCCGUUUGGGAAAGAAACGUGGAAUUGUACACUGUGUGUUUCGUCGAUGGGAUCCUUGUAAUUCUUAAUGAAAAUUACGUACGAGGUAGACGUCGAGAUUUUUUCUUUUCUCACGAUGACCCGUCGUGAGAAGUCCGUGAUAAUGGACAUCUGGCUACGACGAUAACGGCCAAUUCUCACGCAAUGAGAUAAACGGAACUAUUCCCAAAAUUAGUUGAGCUCGAGGCAGCGUUUCUGCCAUGAGGAUCGCCAUGUGGCCACGUUUGAGGAGGCAUCGGAUGAUCCCGAUGGUUCUUUCGAUUGUCAUCCUGACGGGGAUGCUUCUCGUUUGGUUGAGGAAGAACCAGGAGACCGAGGAUCGCAGCGAUUAUGCUUCUCUGCGGCUUUUAGGGAAUGACAGGGAUUACAUGGAUCGUAGGGGAAUACACGUGGUGGUCGGCCAUUACAUCGGGGAUUCUGUGGAUCCUUUGAAAACACCAAACAUUACUAAAGAGCUCCUCAAUACGAACAUGUUUGAUCCGCGACCAAACGACGGGAAAAACGGCAGCCCUGUUCUUGUGCCAGCGAAGAACUUCCACGAUAUGCAACAACUCUACCAAAUUAAUCGAUUCAACUUGAUGGCUAGCGACAGAAUCCCCCUAAAUCGAACUCUACCGGAUGUCAGGAGAAAGGGAUGUAUCUCCCGGUACUCGACUUUGGGCAGCUUACCAAAGACCUCGAUAAUCGUCGUCUUCCAUAACGAAGCUUGGAGUACGUUGCUCAGGACUGUGCACAGCGUCAUCAAUAGAUCGCCGCGGGAUUUGCUGGAGGAAAUCAUUCUCGUCGACGAUGACAGCGACAGAGAUUUUUUGAGGGACCCGCUAGACGAGCAUGUAAGGAGCCUGCAAGUGCCCACUAAAGUUCUUCGUUCCAGGAAACGCAUAGGCUUGGUAAACGCGAGGCUGUUGGGCGCGAACGACGCCAAAGGCGAAGUCCUCACGUUCCUCGAUGCCCAUUGCGAAUGCACGGUUGGAUGGUUGGAACCUUUGCUGGAGGCGAUCGCUAAGAACAGGACGAAAGUUAUUUCUCCUGUUAUCGAUAUCAUAAACGACGACACUUUCAGCUACACUCGGUCUUUCGAGUUGCAUUGGGGAGCAUUCAAUUGGGACAUGCACUUCCGCUGGUUGACGCUGAACGGUCGUUUGCUGAAGGAGAGACGCGAGAACAUCGUCGAACCGUUCAGGACGCCAGCUAUGGCUGGAGGUCUGUUCUCCAUGGACCGGAAGUACUUCUUCGAGCUAGGAAGCUACGACGACCAGAUGAGGAUCUGGGGUGGGGAAAAUUUGGAGAUGUCGUUUCGUGUGUGGCAGUGUGGGGGUAGCAUUGAAAUCGCUCCUUGCUCCCACGUGGGGCAUCUAUUCAGAAAAUCGUCGCCGUACACUUUCCCAGGGGGUGUCGGAGAAAUACUGUACGGAAACCUUGCACGAGUGGCUCUGGUCUGGAUGGACGACUGGGCAGAAUUUUAUUUCAAGUUUAAUCCAGAGGCGGCGAGACUGAGAUACAAGCAGCCAGUUCGAUCCAGAUUGAAGUUACGCAAAAAACUGCAAUGCAAGAGCUUUCAGUGGUAUUUGGAUAACGUGUGGCCAGAACACUUUUUCCCCACGGACGAUCGAUUUUUCGGUCGGAUCGUACACAUCUCAACCAAAAAAUGUAUCAUGCGUCCCACUGCGAAGGGUACGUAUUCGCAGCCCUCGGGAUACGCGGUUCUCGAGGGUUGCGUACCGCGACCAAUACUCGGUCAAAUGUUCGUGAUGACGAAGGAUGGUAUAGUAAUGACCGACGAAAGCGUUUGCUUGGAUGCUCCUGAACACGAUACUCAGCACAAGACGCCGAAAGUUAAAAUAAUGGCGUGCAGCGGCCACAAGAAGCAGAAAUGGGAGUACGACGAGCGAACGAAAGCAUUUUUGCACGUUUCUUCUGGCAUGUGUCUGCAAUCGAGCAACGGCGAGAGUCCUGUGAUUGCUGUCUGCACGAAGGACGUCGAUCAGCAGUGGAUGCUGGAAUCGGUUCCAUGGAAGUAAUAAUACCAGUAUUUUUUUCUCUUUUUGUUAUAUUCAAUACUAUUGUGAGAUGUUGCAGCACUUUAUCGGCACGAAGCAGCUGAAAAUGUGGAAUCAUAUUUUUCUACGUACUUUUAUCAGGAUCUUUUGUACGCGUGGAUGUCGAAUCCAUUGUAAAUAAAUGUGCGAAAGACUUGCACGGGGUUAUGAAUUAGGAUUAAGAAAUUACUUCUACUAUUUUUAUUCUCGACGACCGUUUGAGAUGCAAUUAUGUUUAUAUUUAUAUUGUAAGGUAAUUGUGGUUACUCGUCGAAAUCGCGACGAAACCUUUGUGUAAUAAAAAAAAAAAGAAGUAAAGAAAAUGAUCGACGAGACUGAGCUAAUCUAUCGACCGAUUUGGUGGUGUUUCAAAUGAACGCACGUGUGCUGCUCUUCGCGGACUAAUUUAGAAAUUCCUUAAACAGGUAAUUUGUUGUCAAUCUUGGCGAAGAUGAUGUUCAUUGCCAGUGAUUCACUGAACGGCUAAGGUUACACGUGACGGAUCAUUAUCGUCAUCGUCGCCAAGGUUGCCGUGAUGACGAUAUUCCGCGUACACGAUACGGACAAAUAGAAUCGUGCAUUAGAUCCUCGUAUCGAAUAUUUGGAUAUUAAACGAAUUUCUAGAUACGAGAGCAGCGAUGAAAUAGUUGCGUACUUGAAAUAUUCCAUAGUACCCUUUCCCUUUGGAGUUAUUACAGGGUGUAAUAAGAAUGUACACUCGUAUACAGUGUCCAGUGAAGGCAGACCAAUUUCAUAUUUUUGCUAUUUUAAUUAAAAUAUAAAUUCCUCGUUAUAGCUAACGAAGUUAAGUAAAAAAAAAAUACUUUCACUCUCGAUAUAUUAUAGUAUUUAAUUUUUAUAUUAAAAAAUGGACUCAGUUUUGCAAGAAACAUUUCUAGUGACUAUUUACAGUAGCUUAAAUAUUUAGUCUGUGAUAGGAUACCUUGCAUGGCAAUGGAAAUAUACUUUACACGUUAAACAGUAUCGAAGUUAUUUGCUGAAGCUUCCUAUGUCCGGAAGCGCAGUGUGAUUUUUAAACAAACAACGUGAAUUCGUAUCCGUCAGACUGUUUGUUAUAGUGUCGCUAUCCGGGUCAAAGUCACGUCCUCGGCAAGGCCAAGAAGCCACUUUGCUCGAGGCGGCCUAGUCUCCCUGUUCGUUCACUGUAUACGAUCACCUCCAGGCCAAGUUUGGCUGAGAUGAGUGAGUCUUUAUUUAUGGAUCGGUAUUGUUUCACGAGCAAAGAAACCGCGGGGAACGUUAAACGACCCGCGAGUCUUCUCGAUUCUCUCAUCUCCUGGAAGGGUAAUCCAUUACUCUCGAAUCCCGUUGACGACUUAAAAUUAAACAAGAUUUCAUAAUCUCUAAUUUUCCAAGAUGGACAGUGUCGAAGAUCACAGUUCUAAUAAAAAUUGCAUCAACAUGUUUACAUAACUCCAUGAAUAUUCACGUCUGAUAUUGACCAGAAAAAAAGAAGCGUUUGAUGUUCGUAAAUCUGUUGAUCUGAAUACGGAUGCCAUCGAUAUAGAGGAGCAAAAAAAUGCGUGGUCGCGGAAUACGAUUUAAUCGAAAUCGUCCUGCGCGUUCCGGUGGCAUCUUGACUGGCUAUUUGUCCACUCGGUCACGUCUUCGUCUCACCUAUCGCGUGUUCCGGUUCUCACACACCUAUGACCCUUGACAACCUAACGUUUCUCGCGUUAAUUACGAACGCGUUCUCCAGGAGGGGAAAGAAACGUUUGUUUUCUGGAAACAGGGCCAUCUUUCAAGAAGUAGGUCGAAAUGAUGGUAUUUGUGUCAGGAUAUCGUUGUACUUUCGAUAGAACUUAGCCAGAUCGAUGAUCAUCAUUGGUGGUUAAAAGUGACUUGACUUGGAAUAUGCAGAUGACGUAGAGAAGAUUUCGGAAUUAUUGAACUUGACAUUUCUCAACUAUACAUUCGUUUACUUAAUACUAUGUACGACUGCAUUUCGUCCUUGACUUCCUUGAAGUACAUAUAUACUUCGUCUGUUCAAAGAAAACAAAAUGAAAUCCCUUGCUUACCUAAAACAUGAAAUCGACCUUCCUGAAAUUUGUAAGCGAAUUAGUCUAAUAAAAUCAUUCCCAUAAGCAUCCCUAGCCUCUGAGUUUAUUGAAGAAGUUUGUCUAAAUUAAAUGAUAGGUUUGGCCUUUCCAAAUCGAUGUUCCAUUAUAAAUACGUAUAUCUCUCAUGUCUGUAUUAUCGGUGAAGAAGUUAGACAAACUUCUUCAAUGAAUAUAGAAGGUACGAAUACUUACGGGACUGACUGUAUACUUUGGAAUAUCGAGCGCAUGAGAAUCGAUUCAUCAAAGAAAUUCGAAAAAAGUAAAUCCCUUUAACGAUACACUAAAGCAACCCAUGCACGACUGACGUUUAUCAGAGUAUCUUUUCGCUCUGCAAAAGAUCCUUGAAAGAAAGACGCCUUCGCGAUAUUCGCGGGAAGAGCAGUCCAUCAAA